GGUUGAAACAAUAACAAACGUGUGCGCCGAAUGUCGGUCUCGCGGUUCCCGGUAGUGGCUUUUGCGAUCCGUUACCGCCGAGGGUGCAAUUAACGUUGAAACCCACUUCCGCUUUGCAGUCGAGCGGAAGCGGAAUGUCCCGCAGCAGUGGUGGCUGUGUGCGUAAAGAGAAACAGUGUACAAGAUGGAGAAGUUAUUCCGAGGGAAUUUGUGGUUUAUUUCAUUCGCUGGUGGGAAUCGUGUUUAUCGGAAAGUGCAAGAGUGAAAAUGUACGCUUGUGAAUUACAUCAAGAAAAUUGGAUUAUGUUAGUUUUCGAAUGAAUAUCCCGGAAGUUCGAUAUCCUUGAGACGGAUGGUCGCCUGUGUUGUUAGGUUAUAAUGAUUAAUGGUCGAAACAAAGUCGAAUGAAACUUUUUUUUAAAGAAAUAUAAUGUUUAGCGAAACCGGGAGUGAAUCUUUAGUGCUUAAUGGAAGUUGAAUUUGAAAUGAGUCGGACCACUUGAGUUGUUUUGUUUCGCAAAUUCCAUCUCGGCCGCCGGUGAAAGCAUCAGCAACUGAGCCAUCCGCGCAACCAACGACGACUACGACUACGGCGGCGGCGGCAACGACGACGACGACGACGAUUGCCAAGCGAAGGAGAAACAGGCGAAGGCGGAAAUCGUUGGUGGCACAGGUAGCGGGGCAGCAGGUCGGCGACGGGUUCGAGAUCUGUCUUGAAGGGACGCUUCGAAAGCGAGAAACGGAGCUUCUGCCGCUGGCGCAAAGGCAGAGCGGAGAAGCGAGAAGAUGUUUGCCGAGAAACUGCUCGCCAGCGUCGUCAAAGCGGAUGUGAUAGCAGCGAACAGCAGCGAUGCGGAGGAAAUGCUGGAGAAGUUCGUUCCAGUUGGAAUGAUCAACGGUUCAAUGGGCGGUCAGAAACCGCAGACCGUCAUCACCGAUCUGGGCAAGGCACUGCUCCAGGCUGCCAAAACCGGCAACACGGAGAAGGUUCAUGAACUGAUGAGCCGAGGGGCUCCUUUCACAGCUGAUUGGCUUGGAACUUCACCGCUACACUUAGCUGCCCGGUACAAUCAUGUGGAGACGUGCAAGGUACUUCUGCGAGCUGGGAUCAGCAAGGACAGCAAGACGAAGGUAGACCGAACACCGCUUCACUUUGCCGUGUACCAAGGAAAUAUCGAAAUCGUGGAGCUGCUGCUGAGUAGCAAAUGUGAAGUAGAUGCUAAGGAUAUGCUUAAAAUGUCCGCCCUGCACUGGGCAGUAGAGAAACGACACGACAAAAUUGUCGAAAUGCUUUUGCAGCACGGGGCCGACCCGAAUGCUCUGUCGAAGUUCGGUAAAUCUCCCAUCAGCAUAGCAACCGAGACGGGUCAACUGGAUUUGGUUCGAAUUCUACUGCUGGCCAAUCAAAUGCGGGCUGCUAGCCGUGAACAAGUCCAAGAAGCAACCGACAGCUUGAUGUACGAGCUGCAGGAACAUAAGAAGAGAAACAGUGUUCACAUAGACGACGCCGAGGACAACAUUACGAUGGAUCUAAGCAAUGACGAUAGCAUAUCUAAUAUGUCGUCUUCUCACAGAGGAGGGGCAGGGAUCGAUCAGCACGACAGUAACACCAACGACACCGACAAUCUCAUCGAGAAGGAAGACAGUAUAAGCGAUGCAAUCAUUAAUCUAGAACAAAAUACAGAACAGGAUCCCAAAAAUUUGGAUUCCAGUACGUUACAAAUGCUGAAAGAACACGGCAUAGCAAUGAUACCGUCGGAUGAUUCGGGCAGUCUGAUCACAUCGGCUAUUCAAAGCGGACGAAAGAUUGUCCUGUCGGAAGCGGGCAAAUUUGCUCUCAAUGAAACUAGAGUGCAUUCGGGUACCGGGAUUUCACCGUCGGCAAUGCCAACUACAAAGAAAACAAUCAAACUGAUCAAAAAGACAACACCUUACUCCUUAUCCCAGCAACAACAACAACAACAGCAGCAGCAAAGGCAAUCUAUCGGAUCUAGCCACACCGGAAGUGGUGGGACGAUAAAAACAAAUAAGGUAAUAAAAAUACUUUCGGCUGAAGAGUUUAAACAAAUUUGCGGUGGAGAGGUAGGAGGUCUGAAAAAGUUUCCCACAUCCGAAUAUAGGAAAACAGUGCAGUCAACGACACCAAUGAGGAUGCCCCAGUUAGCUCAUCGGCCAGCAGGAUCGAUCGCGUCGUCCGGUUCAAAGACGAUCAAGAAAAUUGUCAUGACGAAAAACAGGCUCGCAACAACUGGCGGGAGUUUGUCCUACUCCAGUGAAAAGCUUAACACUGUAAAUAGUUUCGGUAGUGGUAGCAAUAGCAAUAGUAUCAACAAUAGCAACAACAAUCGGCAUAUAAUCACCUCGGCAGACGGUGUGAAACGACUUAGAACGGCCACCGGGAUGGAGAUAAUCUCAAAACUGCCUACCAAGUUACCCCAGGAUACGGUGGUAUCGCUGGAAGGUGCUACAGUUCAGUCUCGACAAACCAGUGGUGUUGUUCCAAUGUCAACGGUAAGCGCGAGCCAGCAGCGGUCGCACCAGCAACAAGUGGUGAGUAGUAAUGCAAACUUUUCUUCCAACUCCGCACUAAGCGGAGGGAACGCCGCGGGUACCGUUAGCAUCGCCAGCAAUAGCAGUUCACCGGUAAUGACAUUCAGUGAACUGGAACGACAUUUCCUUGAGCUGAAAAAACAGACGGACGAUUUGCGGAAGCAGUUUGAACUAUCUCAGAAGCAGAACGAAGAGUACAGGGCCCGAGUCGAUAAGCUCGAGAAGGAGGUUCAAACACUGAAGCAGAGUAGUAAUAAUAAUCCUAACAAUUUUAUAGAGAUAGUUUAACGGUAAGGUGAAUAGUGUGGUUUAGAGAUUAUUUAUUUAGUAGGCAGCCCGGCGUCUACAGCUUUUCCGCCAGUUGUUUUUUUAAAGCGGUUUUGUAUUUUCUACGUUGUCGAUUACGGUAUUCCUAGAUUGCUCUCGAGAAAGGAAAUAUAUAAGAACACAGAUAUUAUUAUAUGCGACGUUCUCUUCUCUAGCUCGAAGUACAAGAAGCGUUUCGAUGCCCUGAUUCCACUAGUAUGCAAUUAUACGUUCUAACUGGCAAUAUUAUAUGGUAGAGCUAGAUUCUGAAGCAGCUAUGAUUCGAUGUUCGGGAUGAAUUCGGUUUCUGCGCGGAACAAGCUUCAUUCGUGUCAUUUAUGUAGCCUAACACAGCCAUGGUUAGCUUUAUUUAUAACUGUAUAUUUAUGUUAAAAAAGACCCGCUCUUUUACCUACUGUAUUGACAUAUAAAUUAUAUUUAAUUUAUUACAGUCGGCCAUAAUUACAAGCGUGUUUCUGGUAUGCGCUUUGGUUUUCCUCCGAUAAAUUAUUCAGUAAAUUUUGAUGUCGGGGAUUACAUUCCAUGAACCCAGACAAUAUUUAUGUACGCAACUAGAACGACACGAAAAUUAAGCUUAUAUUUCUGAACAACUACCUGUGUCACAAAACAGAUCAGAAAAAUCUGCUUAUUGCUUAUCACAGCGCUAUUUUGAAAUUUCGCUUCAUUCAUUUGUUGCGUGUUCCCAGUGAAAGCUAAAACUCUUUAUAUUUCUAUACAAUUCAAGUGGAAGCUGCAUUUGUCCUACGUUGCAAUGCAUUUAUCAACUGCUUGCCUAGUCUAGCCUACCGUCAUAACUAUAAACAUUCAUUCUUCGAUACCAGUUGUUAUAUAGGAUUUAUGGAAUUUAUUUUUUAUAGCUGACAACGAAAGCCAUGCUACUAGCGCUUCCCCAUAUUGCUAUAGGUUAUUUCUGUUUGUUGUUUCUUUGGACUCAGAUUUCAUUUCGGUUGAAAAAGAAUGAGAAAUUGUAUUCUACCUCGGAACAGACAGCAUCUAAAUUGUUCAAGUUUGUUGAAGAAAGAAUAUUUUUACAUCGGUUACUCUAAUUGAAUGGUUGAGAGAAAAUUAAUUGGAGCAAAUUAUUUCCGAACGGAAACAAAACUCUGAUACAUAAGCGCUUUACGGUAAGAAACAAGAAUCACGUUUUACAUUUAUUACACGAAAAGGAAAUAUCAUACAACAACAGUUCGCUCUUCAUGUUUUCCUAUAAGGGAUGUAAAUAUAGAUAAAGAGACACUAUGUAUAGUCUAUAAGAUAAUUAUAUAUUAUAUAUAAUUUUAAACAGAUUCGCUAUAAAGUUUACAAACAUUGAGCUUAAA